GGCGAGCGGCCGGCGCGGGCGGGCGGGCGGGGCACCCCAUGCCCGAGACUCGGACCUGAGGUCCAAGGGUUCGAGUCCCGCCCCCGCCCGGGGCGGAGUCGGGGGCGGCCUCGCGGCGGCGCACCCGCUCUCAGUGCCUUUGGUGCGCCAGGCCCAGGGCGAGGCUGCCCUCGUGGGCCCCAGUCCAGGCAGCGGACGGGCCGGACGAUAAGUGACAAUCUGGACAACGAAGGCCCCGGGCCCAUGGAGGGCUGCGGCCAGGACAGCAGCAGCGCCCCGGGCAGCCCUGCAGCCCCGGCCCCCCAGGAGGAGGAAGAGGAGGGCGCUGGGGCGGCUGCAGAGUCGGGGCCCCAGCCUGGGCUCUACAGCUACAUCAGGGACGACUUGUUCACCUCGGAGAUCUUCAAGUUGGAGCUGCAGAACGUGCCACGCCAUGCCAGCUUCAGCGAUGUGCGGCGUUUUCUGGGCCGCUUUGGUCUGCAGCCCCAUAAGACCAAACUCUUCGGGCAGCCUCCCUGUGCCUUUGUGACAUUCCGCAGCGCAGCUGAGCGGGACAAGGCCUUGCGUGUGCUGCAUGGUGCCCUCUGGAAAGGCCGCCCACUCAGCGUGCGCCUGGCCAGGCCCAAGGCUGAUCCUAUGGCCAGGAAGAAGCGGCGUGAGAAUGAGGGUGAGCCGCUGGCCACGUGUGUCGCUGAUGUAGUUACCCCUCUUUGGACCGUGCCCUAUGCGGAGCAGCUUGAGCGGAAGCGGCUGGAGUGCGAGCAGGUGCUGCAGAGGCUGGCCAAGGAAAUUGGGAGCACCAACCGCGCCCUGCUGCCCUGGCUGUUCUCGCAGAGGCACAAGCACAACAAGGCCUGCUGCCCACUGGAGGGGGUCAGGCCAUCGCCCCAGCAGACCGAGUAUCGUAAUAAGUGUGAGUUUCUGGUUGGCAUCGGGGUAGACGGGGAGGACAACACAGUCGGCUGCCGGCUCGGCAAGUACAAGGGUGGGACGUGUGCUGUGGCGGCCCCCUUUGAUACGGUACACAUCCCCGAGGCCACCAAGCGGGUGGUGAAGGUCUUCCAGGAGUUCAUCCGGUCCACUCCAUACUCGGCAUACGACCCAGAGACGUACUCAGGGCACUGGAAGCAGCUGACUGUGCGCACCAGCCGCCGCGGCCAGGCCAUGGCCAUUGCCUACUUCCACCCACAGAAACUGACCUCUGAGGAGCUGGCGGGGCUGAAGGCCUCCUUGGCGCAGCACUUCGUGACAGGACCGGGCAAGGCCAGCGGGGUGACCUGCCUCUACUUUGUGGAGGAGGGACAGCGACAGACUCCCAGCCAGGAGGGCCUGCCCCUGGAGCACGUGGCUGGAGACCGGUGCAUCCACGAGGACCUGCUGGGUUUGACCUUCCAGAUCUCCCCACACGCCUUCUUCCAGGUGAACACCCCGGCAGCCGAGGUACUCUACACGGUCAUCCAGGACUGGGCCCAGCUGGACGUGGAGAGCACGGUGCUGGAUGUGUGCUGUGGCACCGGUACCAUUGGCCUGGCCUUGGCCCGGAAGGUGAAGCGAGUCGUGGGGAUUGAGCUGUGCCAGGAGGCUGUGGAAGAUGCCCGGGUAAACGCCCGCAACAAUGAGCUGAGCAACGUUGAGUUCCACUGUGGGAAGGCUGAGGACUUGGUGCCGGCCCUGGUGAGCAGACUGGCCUCCCAGCAGCUCGUUGCUGUCCUGGACCCGCCCCGCGCCGGCCUGCAUUCCAAAGUGAUCCUGGCCGUCCGCAGAGCUGAGAACCUCAAGCGGCUCCUGUACGUCUCCUGCAACCCCCGGGCGGCCAUGAGCAACUUUGUGGACCUCUGCAGGGCCCCAUCUAACCGGGUGAAGGGCACUCCCUUCCGGCCAGUCAAGGCUGUGGCCGUGGACCUGUUCCCACAGACCUCGCAUUGUGAGAUGCUCAUCCUGUUCGAGAGGGUAGAGCAACCCAAUGGCGCAGGGGCCCCGGAGCCCCAGGACUCUACAGCCCAGCCCCAACCAGGGUCCCCAGAUGACACCCUGCAGGAAACUGGGGCCUCCCCCUCUUCUUAGGCCUGUGGAGCAGUGACAACGAGUCUUUCCAGAACCAAGCCCAGCCUGCAUCACCGGGGCAGAAGCCCAGGGGCUCCCCAAGUCCUUGCCUCAUCCCAGGAUGCUUAA